UAUGUGUAUAUAUAUAUAUGCACGCAUUAGUUCAGCUUAGGGGAAGCUGCACUGUUUUAACAUCAGAGCAGGGAACCUGCUAGUGCUGAAAGAUUAUAUCUCUGUGACUUUGACUCAGCCAGCAUCAUGAUGCUCCUGAAGCUCACAUUAUUCACCUUAUUUAUUGCCUUUCAGGACCUGCAUGUGUCUGGAGAGAAUCAAGUUACCUGUUAUCCCCGGCACCGUGUUUGCCCAAUAGUUGUUACCUGCGAUGGUGGUACUGCUGUGCUGAACUGCGGUUAUCGUCGUAUAAAGAUCCUCCGCGCUUUCUAUGGCCGAAGCGAUUCCACCACAUGUGCUGCAGGUCGACCUUACGAUCAGAUCACUAACAAAAGUUGCUCCUUGGCCAAUGCAAGUCAGAUUAUUGCAUCUAGAUGUAAUAACAGGAAUGUUUGUGAGGUGCCUGUUACAACAUCUAUUUUGCCUGACCCCUGCUUUGGCACUUACAAGUACCUGCGAAUUGCUUUCGACUGUAACUAAUACCUUGAAGGAUUCGAGAUUUCUCCACAGUGGCCUCUCUUCAGUCUGAAAAGGAAUCAAACCCUGUCAGCUUGAUGAGUUUUGAUGUUGGGGUGCUUUAUAUUUGAUUGUUAUCAACUGCUGAAAUAGCCCAACCCCCCCACCUGAAACUUGUUUAUUUGCUUUUACAUGCAAUGAGUUCUUCCAUAAUGAAUUUUCUUCAAUAAUAAUUCUGCAAUAAACUAUCCACUAAAUGCAAGCAUAA